AUGCUACAUUACCAUGGUGACAUAUUUCUUUUUAACAAGUGUUAUCAAUAACUAUGCCUUGAAUUUCAAUGUUCCUUUGCCUCUACACAUGAUCUUUAAAGCUCUAUAAACCAUCUAAGUAUCUGUCAGUACUGAUGGUCACAGCUGGUAUUGCACUGUGUACUAUAGCAUCAGCAAGUAAAGGAGAAGCUCAUCAUAAAGCCACUACUGGGAAUCCUUAUACWGACUACCUCUGGUGGUGUGUUGCAUGCAUUGCCUCUUCCUGGGUUUCUUCUUCUUGGUAAAGACCUUUACCAUCAUAUCCUCGUGUUCAGUGCUUCUGAACCUUUGCAUCUGUUUGGUACCAGUCUUCUCAUCCCCAAACUCUGGCUCUACACAAUGGGUAACGUGGUCACGCAAUACAUCUGUAUCCGCUCCGUUUACAACCUGACGUCUGAGUGCACGUCAUUGACUGUCACGCUUGUUGUCACGUUGCGAAAGUUUUUUAGUCUUCUGUUCUCCAUUUUCUAUUUCAUGAAUCCUUUUACCGUCUAUCACUGGAUAGGAACUGCGCUUGUAUUUUCAGGCACUUUUAUUUUUGUCGAGUUGUUCCAGAAAAUCCGCGAUCAGCUAGCACCGCCCAAGAAAGAGAAAAAGACAGAAUAAUGAUUCUCAUUCGUACAGGUUGUUGUAAUGGAUAAUGAUUUUA